GGAAGAUGUUUGAUGCCUCUUUAAAUUUAGUAGCAUGGCACACCCUCAAACUGACAGACAGACAGAAUCAAUGAACUGUACACUUGGGAACAUGAUUUGUGGCAUCUGUGGGGAUCGACCAAGACAGUGGGACUUUGCUCUAGCUCAAGCAGAAUUUGCUUAUAACAGUGCAGUGCAUAGUGCUACAGGGAGAUCUCCAUUUUCCAGAGUAUACCAGAAAGUGCCUAAUCAUGCUGUAGGCUUAGUGAAGUUGCCAGGAGUGAGGGGCAUUAGCACUGCAGCAGCAAAUUUGGCUGGGCAAAUCCAAGAAGUUCAAGCUGAGGUCAAAGCCAAGCUUGAGGCGACAAAUAGCAAGUAUAAACAGGCAACAGAUGUGCAUCGAAAGGACAAGGCAUUUGCAGUAAUGGUUUUUUUGAGGAAGGAACGCUGUCCAGCAGGUACCUACAAUAAGUUGCUGCCACGCAAGUAUGGUCCUUAUAAGAUCCUCAAGAAAAUUAACAACAAUGCUUAUGUGCACUGUGAUUCAGAAGAGCAGAAUGUUGAUAUCCUGACCAAAUCCCUUCCUAAGCCAAGAUUUGAGAAGCUAAGAGAGAAGCUCGGAAUUACAAAAGCAAACACCAAGGAGGAGUGUUAAAAGUGCUGUUUGCAUUGUAACUCUCCUCAAUUAAUGUAGUAGGUGUAUUUAAUAGUUGGUUGGGGGUUGAGAUUUGAUGCUUAGACUACAAAAUGCAUUUGGAAGAAAAUGGUGCAGAUAUGUUAACUUUCAGCAAACAUGCCUUCAAUGUAAUCCCUCUUUUUUAUCUAAGCUACACUUGUAUGAAAAAUUAGAUGAAGAUGAAGAUGAAAUGAAUGAGAGAAAGGCUG